AAUGGGGUGGACGGAACCAAGAGGGAGCAGGAACAACAAUAGGGGAGGAAGUUGAACAGGUGAACAGUUUCCUUUCUUGAGCAGCCCUAUGUUCCAAGUACAUGUCAAAAGCUGCCCGCACAGACAUCCUUACCAUCCAGGCCAUUGGCUGGAACAAGCGGAAGACAGAAAAUCUUGACCGGACUUUGGCCAAACGACACAUCAAGACUGUGCAGAGGAUUGCUGAAGCGUCUGAGGAGCUCAAGAAAUUGGCUGGAGAGUUGUCUAUUCAGGAAGACACUGUUCAGCAAUGGGUGUCUGAUGUUCAACAGUGGACUGCAGAAGGACCAUGCAGUCAAAAUGAACUUGAAAAAACCAUUGAAGGACUGUAUCUCAGCAUUAAGCAGCGGAAAUAUCAGCUGUAUCGUCAGGCUGAUGGCAACAAGAGAAGACAUCUGCUUAGAAAAAAGAUUUCAGUGGAAAAGAGAUCCUUAGAAGAUGCCAUCACAAAAUACAAUGCUGUUGUGCCAGAAACUGGCAAACUCCCUUCUCCCAACAAGCUCCUGGCUGAGGAAAACUAUUCCUGGCCUUGGGAAUGUCAUGGUGAUAUGUUAAAGAAAAAAAAGGUCUUCGACAAGGUAAUGCUGCUGAACCGACUGAAGGAAGAGGAGGUCAUUGUUGUCCGUGAAGUCAAGCAGCACUGGGACUACAUGACGAAUAUGGACAGAAUGAUAGUCAAUGCAGAUGACCAGGGCGCCGCCUGGCAGAUGUCGUCCAUGGAAGCGCCACCAAACAGCGCUGCUGAAGAGGACAUGGCACUUGUGGAGUGUGCCCUGAGGCCCUCCGCGACUCCAGGUCCUGUGGCCUCAUACGCCUUCUUCAUGGCUGAGCACACCGAGUGUGCCAGCCGCUGGGAAGAAACCGAUCUCCCUUCUGUCCCUUCUCCUAGCUGUCGCCAAAGCUAA